AACAUGUUUGUUUUAACUCUACAGCUUCUUGAUUCUAGAAUUCCCAAUGUUUUUAGUCCAAUAACAGUUUAUAAUGGCCAAGGGCCAAAUCCGUUAUGAGGCGAGAUAUUAUCCAUCUUGGCCUAUUGAAUUUUUUUUAUAUAAAAUCAUUUUUAAUAUACAUCCUUUUUAUGGAUAAUGGAAAAUAUACAUCAGGCAUCUUUUUUUGUGGUGAUUGCUCUAUCAAAGGGAUCAAUGGCUAUGGAUGAACCAUGCCCGAAAAAUCUAUUAGUUUGGAAGAUCCUAGUCACCUCUCUUGGGAAAAUUUUCAGGCGAAUGUGGAUUGUGGCUGUAUUUCUCUUCUUAACCUGUCGAUUUCCAGGUCAGAGAUUAAAAUGUCAGAAUGUAUGCAUUUAUUCAUAAAGUAAUUGUAUAGUUUUCCAUGGGGAACUUAAACUAUUGGAUUUGGGGCAUAUGAUUGGCCUCACCAUGGACAAGAAAAUAUCGGAAUAUUUCAUCGGUUUACUCAUUUAACUCAUUUGCUUUGAAUAUGGACUACUCCUUUCAUCAAUUUCUUACUGAAUUUAAUCCCUUAAAUGUUUUACCGUGCUGUCCAUAUUUGACCCUUAAUUCUUGAUAUCAUCUGGAGUGUUUUUAUUACUAGAAAACUAUAAGUAUGGAAUGAAUUUUGUGUUGAAUAAAAUUUUCUCACUUGUUAGAUACAUAGAUUUUAAUUGUUGGUGCAUAUUUUUGUACUACUCUACCCAACCAAUGUUUUUAUACUCCUGAUCAAUGUUAUUUAUGGUUGAAGAUCGUUUUGUUCUUUUAAAAAUUUGUUUCCUAGUUAAUUUUAAAAGAAUCUAAACGAGGACAUUGUAGUGGUAUUUUGGGUCAAAAUUCUGGCACCUGUAUGAUAACGAGGAAGUACAUUUAACAUGUUUGAACUUUGAAUAUUGGUCUUCCAUAUUCAUAUGCAUUGGGCUUCAAUCAAUGCAGGGGUCUUACUCAAUGGCUAAACAGCCAUCGGACUUUGAGGUUCUCAAUCAGGUAAACAUCACCUAUUGUCCUCUGUCAUCAUUGUGUUUCUUUUUUGUAUUUCUAUCUUCUUCUUGGUAGUUAUUCCUAAUUACACUAAUCUGUUUACUCUCAGCACAAUUGUCAUUUCCAUAUUUAUUUUGGGCUGUUUUGGUUAAGGGAAUUUGAAUUCUUUUUUCGAGGGAUGCUGAAACAAAUGAAAAUGCCGACUGCUGUAUUGUUGAGAAGAGAAGAAAUGGAUGGAUAAAAUUGGGUCUUUUAAAAAAUUUCUUCUGUUCAUUUUGGAUUUUUUUAAUUUUGUAUGUAAUUUAUUUUAUUCAUUCUGGUUUAUUUGUAAACUCUUUUUUACUGCCUUGCCAAAAAAGGAUGAUUGAAAUUCUGCAUUUUCCCCAGAAUUUUAUCACUGAUCUGGGUUUUGUCAUUUUUGAAGGUCAAGAUAAGAUUGUUGAUUUUGAGAUGAAGCUCAUGGACAUUGACAGCAAGCAUCUUGAAAUUCCAGAAGCAGAGUAUCAUGCCAUUGUAAAGAUGCCGUCAGCUGAGUUCUCAAGGAUUUGCAAGGACCUCAGCAGCAUUGGAGAUACUGUUGUAAUUUCAGUGACAAAGGAAGGAGUGAAGUUCUCUACCAGGGGUGAUAUUGGAACUGCAAAUAUUGUUUGCCAGCUAGGGCUUCAAAAUCACCUGGCAGUCUGUGGAGGUCCGUUCCAAGUUGGAAAGCUGUGUCAACAAACAAGUACCCAUCUGCUGGGCAUUUCAUGUCCAAUCAGUAAAGCCUUGAGGGAGCAUGAGGCAUACUAAAGAAAAAAAAAAUGCAGUGGUUGUCUUGGAGGGCUGGUCAGAUUCGCAUCAGCCUCCUUUGUUGAAACACUAGACAUACCACAAAAGAGAAACAUAGGUCAACUGUCAAGCAGUGUGAAAAGGCAAUGGUCAUCCAGUCCUCAAGAGAUGGAAAACGGUGUUGGAAAUUCACAUUCCCAUGAAUCACAUCAAUUGAUUGGUUCCACUGUUGUCAACGAAGAAACAAAGAUGAUAGAGAAAAAUGUGAACAUGUCCAUUUGUUAACCAAGGUCUGUCUCUCCCUUAAAAUGAGUUUGAUAUGGAUUACAUCAGUUCAUUAAGAGUUUACUGUUUGGGUUUUACAUUGUUAAUAUCACUUCAAUCUUGGUUGUUUGUUCCAUUCUGGUUACCGUUGAUGUAUCCCUGUUAGCAGAGAAUGAAUUCAUCUUUUGGCCAUUU